UCAUAAAUGGUAGGGAACCCUUCAUGGACGAGUCCGACUCGCACUUGGCCGCUUUUUUUUCAAAUAUCACCACGUAUCGUUUUACAGCGCUCAAAUAUCACCAUAAAACUAACAUUGGAGUAUGAUGCCAGGUUAUUUUCUGAUCGAAUCGGUCGAUUUGAUCAUCCCGUCUGGGUGCCUCCAUUAUAUGGGUGUUUACUAUACUAUAAAAACCGGUUAAAGUGCCAAUUACAUCCAAACUUUAUCAGGACCCGAUUUCGGGCCCGAAAAAAAAUAUUUUUCCGUUUCACUAAAUAUCAGCACAUCAUUUACAAUAUUUGAAAUGUAAAAAAAUGGUUCAUAUGCAAAAAUAUCAAACAUUGAACAUUUUUGGCAAUUAGAGACAAAUUAUUUUUAACAUUUCAAAUAUUGUUAACGAUGUGCUGAUAUUCCGUGAAACGAAAACGAUUAUCAUGCCCGAAAUCGGGACUGAUUUCGGACCCGAAAUCGGGAACAGGAAUGUAAUUGGCGCUUAAGUGCAAGUCAGACUCGCCCACGAAGGGUGGGCAGCCUGGUGACAGACAGAUAGACGGACAGUGGAGUAUUAGUAAUAGUUUUUACGUUUACGGUACGUUUUUACCCUUUGGGUACGGAAUCCUAAAAAUGUGACUUAAGCAGCAAAAAUGUGACUUUUAGGGAAACGAAACGUAACUUAUGACUCCAGAGCCCUGGCAACACUGCCCGCUCCAGUCAGUCCCGCGCAGUCGACGCGUUCACACGCCGCCCGUGAGCCCGCCAGCUGUGCGCGCGCGUACGUCCGAACGUCGUCAGUACGAAGUAUGCAACAAUAGAAUGCAAUGCGCCGAUUAUUGCAGAUGUGGUUCGCGGGAGCAGUCAUCGAGUGUGACAGCAGGUCUGGAGCAAGUUAUGUCACAGUUAGUGGCUCUGAACAGUAGACCAACGUCAUCGAAACAGGUAUGGGAUUUACCAGGAUUUUCUGGACUCACGAGUGAAUGGACGACAUUUCACACUGCUUAUAUAGAAUCCACUGCUCGAUAUAAGUUUACUAACUGGGAGAACCUAUCCCGGUUGCGACACUGUCUUAAAGGCGAAGCUAGAGACUGUGUGCUACAUAUGUUGGCAUCAUCCGCUGAUCCAGAGCUAAUAAUAAGAGUCUUGAAGAAAAACUUUGGCAGAUCGGACCUUUUGAUAUAUAAAGCCCUAAACGAACUACGUAAAUUGCCUAACCUAGGGCCUAGUGCAGUGGAUUUGAAUGAUUUUGCCAUUAAAGUAGUGAACAUUGUGACGACACUUGCAAGUUUAGACCGACGUGCGUAUGCAGGUAAUCCGUUUCUUAUACGUGAAAUUACAGAACGCCUGUCACCCCACGUCCGAUCGCGCUGGUGCCAGUAUGCAGAAGAAAAGCUCGAGCAGGCUGAGAGCGAGCUCACGCUCAUGGUCAACUUUCUGCUCGACAUCAGCGACAAGGAAUUGCAGUACAGCCAUGCGCGCGGAAGCGUCAAUCGUCGCAGCGCGCCAGCGCCUAUGCGUGAGGACAUACGCGUAGGCCGGAGAACCUCAGCGUCAAACCCUCAGCCGUCAAAUGGUGGAGCGAUCCGCAAGUAUAACUCAAGUCGUGUGCAAACGUAUACCACUGACAAAUUAGAACCUUGCCUUUGCUGUGGUGGCGUGCACACUGCUACAAAUUGUAAACGUGUAUUAGAUAUGAGUGUUGCGGCUCGAUGGGAAUGGGCGAAAGAUAAUAAGAUUUGUUUUAAAUGUCUUAACAGGAGACACAGGCGUGGCAACUGCAAGGCGGGUGUAUGCGGAGAGCGAGGAUGCCAGCACCCGCAUCACCCGCUGCUGCAUGAUGAAUCUAUACUCCUACGAAGGGAACUACAAUCUUCACGGCGUGACGAAGCGGCCUCAGCUACGCCUGCCAGCGCGCCCAUCGAGCCCGAGCGCGCACAGAGAGAGCACACGUUGACGACGGCGGAAAGAGAGGGGGCACUACCGGCUCACCACUUCGUGCUGAACACAGAGCACCAAGAGCCGUCAGACGUUUUGCUUAAGGUAAUACCUAUACUUUUAUCUGGACCGACAGGCGAGAUCAAAUGCUACGCGCUCUGUGACGAUGGCUCGACUAUUAGUCUGUGCGAGGAUUCGAUAGCCGACGCCGUGGGUGCUGUGGGCGUGGAAGCGCCACUACACAUCAAUGGGAUUGGUCCCAUGUCAACAAUCGAGCCCAGCCGACGCGUGACGGUACAAAUACGCGGGCUGACCGGAGGACAUACCCAUCUCGUCAGACUUAGAACGGUAAAGAACCUAGGCAUUAACUCUCAACAAGUGCCAAGAACAUUAGUUAAGCAGUACGAGCACCUGAGAGGCCUGCAGGAGGCCACAUAUGACACCGCCACGCCUCGGGUACUCAUCGGGUCAGACAACUGGCAUAUGAUAUUUCCACUUGAGGCUCGUAUCGGAACAAGGAGAGAACCCGCUGCAGUUAGGAUAGAUCUUGGCUGGUUAAUAUAUGGACGCGCGCCGCAGACCCCGCGACGAGCUGAACGAGUGCUGCAUCUCUCACAAGCAAGCGAACGAGAUGGUGCGUUUGCUGUGACUGCAGACGUAGAAGAGAUGUUCUUGAGAAUCCAGAUCCGUGAAGAGGACAGAAACUCGCAGAUGUUCCUGUGGCGAGCGGCGCGUAGAAGCGGCGUCCCUGACGUGUACCGGAUGAGGUCAAUGGUGUUUGGAAUCGCGAGCUCCCCAUUCCUUGCACAUUCGGUAAGAAAUUAUAAUGCUUAUGCUUAUGAGAACCGCUACCCGAGGGCCCUUGAAGACAUAGUUAGAAACCACUAUAUGGACGACUACGUUUCAAGCUAUGAAAACGAAGCAGACGCUAUCGCGUACGCCGAAGAGGUAUCCGCUUGCCAUGCGCACGCUGGAUUUCAUCUCCGCGGGUGGUCUAGUAACUCGCCACUUCUCAUAGAACGGAUUCCAGAGGAACUACGAGCCGACACACCCGCACCGAUUGGCGAUAAGGAACAAAAGGUAUUGGGUCUAACCUGGGAUGCGAGGACAGACCAUCUCGGCUUCAACACUACCAUGAUCCGAGUCCCAAGCGAAGUUAAGGAACGUAAAAGGGCUCCAACGAAAAGAGAGACUCUCAGCGCAGUAAUGAGUAUAUAUGAUCCGUUAGGAAUAAUCUCUUAUUUCUCAAUUACAGUAAAGAUCCAGCUUCAGCGACUCUGGAGCCUGGGUUUGGAUUGGAACGCUCCGCUGCCACCAGACGAGUGUGAGGAGUUCCAGACAUGGCUGCGAGCGCUAGAACACGUCGGUAGACUGCGCAUUCCCCGCCACUACGGACCUAUGGAAAUGGUGAGACGAACCCUCCAUAUUUUCGUUGAUGCCUCCUCACAAGCAUAUGCAGCGGUCGCUUAUUGGCGUAUCGAAAGACGAGGGGAGGUCUACGUCAGCCUGAUCGUGGCAAAGGCUAAAGUGGGACCAACGCGCUCUAUUUCGAUUCCACGAGCGAAGCUACAGUCGGCCUUGAUCGGAGCUCGACUGAAGAAAACUAUCCUAGAGCAACACAGGUACGAGGUAGCGGAAGUCGUAAUAUGGUCCGACAGCCGAACAACACUCCAUUGGGUACGGGAAAAUGCACGCCGUUACAGCGCCUAUGUCUCGCACCGCCUGGGCGAGAUCGCUGAGCUCACGGAACCAGAACAGUGGCGAUGGGUGCCGACACGCCAGAACGUCGCAGACGACGCCACCCGAGCGGGACAGCACACGUGAGUUUGACAUAACACACAGAUGGUUCCAAGGACCCGCUUUCCUACGGCUACCGACAACAGAAUGGCCACAAGAACCAUUGAACCAGCCAGAACCAGAGCUACAAGUACUGGAGGUCAAGCAGUGCUUUGUGAGUCGCGAGGUUGCCUCGCCACCGUUGCCUGAUGUGAGCCGAUUUUCAAGCUACGGACCGUCUACUGGGUACCACUGCAAGAAUGUUGCAAUUUAUAGACAUUAUAAAAUCCAAAGCUACGAUGAAUUUACAAACCAAACAUAUUCUGGCCGCUGAACGUUUAUUAUUGCAGAGAGCGCAGAAGGAGGACUUCGCUGACGAGCUACGGAGCCUCCGCCGCGGCGAGCCUCUAACCAAAGGCAGCGCGCUCUUCGAACUGGACCCCGAGCUCGCAGCUGACAACGUGCUCCGCAUGCGGGGGCGCAUCGACGCCGCACCCGUGCCUAUCAACAAGAGUCCGGCCAUUCUACAUGGACGCAACCGGUUGGCCAGACUUAUUAUAUUUAGAAUGCAUAGAAGAGCGGCGCACGCUAAUAAUGAACGCGUUGUAAACGAUGUUAGACAAGAAUAUUGGAUAUUGCGCCUAAGACCGACUGUGCGUGCAAUCGCAAGCACUUGUCAACUCUGCCGCAUUAGAAAAGCGACUCCACGCGCCCCGCCUAUGGGAGAUUUGCCGCUGUCGCGCAUAGAGCCAUUUUGUAGACCCUUUACAAACACUGGUGUAGAUCUAUUCGGUCAUAUUACAGUUACCAUCGGGAGGAGACACGAGAAGCGCUGGGUGGCGCUCUACACCUGCCUGACGACCCGGGCGGUGCAUCUGGAGCUGGUGCAUUCCCUCAGCACUGACUCCGCCAUCAUGUCACUUCGUCGCAUGGCCGCGCGACGGGGCUGGCCCCGCACUAUGUGGAGCGACAACGGAACCAAUUUCCGUGGCGCUACGGCUGAGCUACGGGCUUGCCUAUGAAGAAUGGCUGCCCGCACUGCAGCAGUACGGCCUGCAGUAUCGCUUGGACUGGCGAUUCAUUCCCCCCGGAGCCCCGAACCAAGGCGGCGCCUGGGAGCGGAUGGUCCGCUCUGUGAAGACUGCUCUCAUGGCGACGCUACACUCGCGAGCGCCCAAGGAAGAGGUGCUUGCGACUCUACUGGCCGAGGCCGAGGCGUGCGUUAACGCUCGGCCUCUCACACAUGUCUCGGUCGAUCCACGCGAUCCCGAGGCACUGACACCGAACCAUUUCCUGCUCAACGGCCCCACGGGGACUCCUCUCACUGGCCCCUGUGGCGAGGUCAAACCGACGAGCCUGGAAAGUCAGCCAGGCACUCGCCGACUCCUUUUGGCGUCGCUGGGUGCGCGAGAUCUUACCUACCCUCGCCCCGCGACGAUCUUCAGCGACGGGCGAGCGACCACUGGCGGGCGGCGACCUAGUCAUCGUCGUCGACCCCUCAUUACCACGCAACGUAUGGCCACGAGGCGUGGUUGAACGAGUUUACCCGGGCCCAGACGGUGGCAUUCGCAGCGCGGAGGUGCGGACCAAGGGCGGCACCUUCAAAAGACCCACGACCAGGCUGGCUGUCUUGCCGGUCGAUCCAGAGUCGACGUAGCAAGUCGACGAGGGGAGUGUGGGCGACAGCCGACACGCAAUCGAAUGUAUGUUAUUAUUCCGUAGAUAACCCUAAGUUAUAAAUUCCUUACUUAAGUUGUAAUAGCAAAAAUAAAGAUCUUUAUCAACGUAGGUAGCCUAAGACCUAGGUAGACUAUGUAUUAUGUCUAAGUUGUAAUGUAAAUUAAGACCUAAACUGAACCGUUAAUUCAGAAUAAGCCCUAGAACCUUUCUUGAUCCCAGUCAUGAAAUAAUGAGCCCGAUUAUGCCUAUACUUUAUAUUACGUGGUUAGAGCGAGAGAAUGUGAGCUAAACAGGUAAUACAUAGGAAUGGUAAAUUUCCCCAAAAUAAUUGGGGAAAAUCUUUGGUACUCAUACCUACUUCAAGCCUGAACCUGCGGGUAAAAGUACGUAUGGGUAUCAUUGUGGAAAAAGGUAACGGUUAUGAUCUAGGUAAAAUCUAGACUUUCACCUCUCUCCUUGAACCGUAGGAUGAGAUAAUAUGCAUAACACGUGCCGAACUGACAGAUUUGGCUCAUUAAAUCUGGACUUUGUAGCUAAACCGUAAUCAUGCGCUCGUUUAAACUAUUGCAAGCUUAUAGAACUUAAUUAGACUCGUCUAAAAACAUAUAGUUAUAUAACCCCACGAUUUAGCUCGAAGUAGGAAGCCUAGAUAAUUACCAAAUGGAAAGACAAAAUGUAGGAAAAUACGUCUAAACUUGUGCAUUUUUACGCAGCAACGUGGACCAAUCACAGACGCUAAACCGCUCGCGUUAGUUAAUGUGACAAAGUUAUAACAAUUCCGUUCGAGCGGCAUUACCAUCAUGAGAGCCGCUAAUCCUUGCCUGUGAUUGGCCCAAAUUUAUGCCGCUAAAACAUACAAAUAUGGGUGGACUGGAAAAAGCCAGUCAGUCAGCUGCCCACACCGUCCCCAAAAUGACGGCCAACAGACCACCCCACCAGUCGGUGGGGAAGCGACCCGCGACAGCCGCCGCAGCCAUUGUGCGGUAGCGGCCCCUCAUACCCCCCUGACGGGGGGUAUCGACAGAUCACUCAUGCAAGCCAGUCAGUCGCCAUUCCGGACCCGAAAUAAGUGAACGUAAACCUAAGUGCUUAAGUUGAUCGUAAAACUAUAACUUGUGAGAACCUAUUAAUAAGAUCCAUUUGUAAAAUCA